GGGAGACACAGCCUGUUCCUCUUUAAAUCUGUGCUGCGUGCUGCAGAGCUCUGCAUUGUUGCCAUGGCAGAAAUCUCCCCAUAGUAAUAACCUCUUUCAGAGAAGGUUAAAGAGAGACAGUGCACAUGCUCAGAAAUGCUGCACUUGUUCUGUUAGCAGUUUGCAGCGGCCAUUUCAAAGAGACCAUCACAAAGACGAAAGAAAGAGAGAUCAGAGAAACACCCAUUCCCAAGAUGCUGGCACCCUGCCUUCUGAGAAGAGUGGCCCUUACCGUUCCAUUAGUAGUUGUGGUUGCACUGCUGCUCACAGAGCCCGUUAGAUCGGAUCAAGAAGCGGGAACAGCCAUCCCAGCAGAAAGUCGCCCCUGUGUUGAUUGCCAUGCAUUUGAGUUCAUGCAGAGGGCUCUGCAGGAUUUGAAGAAGACAGCAUAUAACCUAGACACACGGACAGAAACUUUGCUUCUUCAGGUGGAAAAGAGAAAUCUGUGUGACUGUGUAGCUGCAAAUCUGCUGAACUGAAUCCUGGAGGCCAGCUGAGGAGUAUCACCUGUUCAGCGGUUUUUAAAAGGCAGCUGUAUAAAAUACAGCUUUAUGGAGCUCAUCUUGUAAGCAUGUAUAACCCAAUGUACUGAGGAAAUUAUGGGGUUGUGUCUUAUGUAUUUGUCUGCUCUGUUUCGUUUUGUUUGUUGUUUUUUUAUUUUAAAGUACUCUCUUUUCAUAUCCACUGGGUUGCCAAUAAGGGCUCAGUUCAGUAAAUCUGUUACUUGGUAUUAGAGUGGGGGAAAAAUUUACCUGCUGUUAUUUUUAAAUCACAGUUGGCCAAGUGUAACCUACAAGAUAAAUAUGGCCAGCAGUGGUCUAGAGACACUUGCAGCUGUUUUUUGUCUCUAAUACGAACAUACCUCUGUGGCGACUUACCCAGUUGUAUUGAGACAGGGAAUUGUGGUCUCUGUAGGCUUUGCCUGUGUAUUAAAGAUGAUGAAAGUC